GACCGCCGCCAUGCUCGCCAACGCCGCCCCGGCCGAGCAGAAGCAGAUGCUCGGCGAGGCCCUGUACCCGCGCAUCCACGCGUCGCAGCCCGAGCUCGCCGGCAAGGUGACGGGCAUGCUCCUCGAGAUGGACUCGAGCGAGCUCCUGUACCUCCUCGAGAACGACGAGGCCCUCACGGCCAAGGUCCAGGAGGCCCUCGACGUCCUCGCCGAGUACACGCAGCGCCAGACCGACGCCCCGGCCCCGGCCGCGUCGUCCGAGGAGGCUGCCCCGGCCGCCGCCGAGGAGUCGUCGUCGGCGUAAAAAGGGAGGACCGAGCGCGCUCUUGACUGAGUCGUCGUCCGCUUCCCCUUUUCCUCGCCCGUCCCUCCCUCUUGCCUACCCCCUUCCCCCCUCCCCUUCCUCCCCUUUCCGCUCUCGCUUGGCUGGCGUAGCGGGGAAGACGACGUUUGCGUGCAGGACGACUUUGACGCCGUGUUGGCCUUUCGAACGGUCGGCGUGCAGCCUGGUUGACAAUGCCCACAGCCUCGAUUUCCCUCUC